AGGAAGUGUUACAGACGGAGGAGGAGGAGGAGGAGGAGGAGGAAGAGUCCAGCGGUGUGAGAGAUCCGACAUCAUGAAUCCGCUGAGUUUAUUUACAGCUCGGAGAAAAGUGAGCUGAGAACAAACGGGAUGGUCUAAUUUAUCGGUGAGGACGAGGUCGUGAGUGUUGGAACCGUUUAGACAUAAAGUCCUUUUUUUACUUCGAUAACGGAUCAGAAAUCUACGAGACGGGACUGAGGAAGUCUUUAGGAGAAAAACAGCUCAAAAUGUUGAGUUAUUGGACAGUCUGGUUGCCCCGUUUGGACACAGUGAGGUAGUUAAAGAGAGCUGUGCUGUUAACUGAUGCUGCCAAAGUAACUGUGACCGUUACACUUACUGACAACACUCCCUCCUCUGCUGGAAAAGUCCGCCAUUACAGUCAAACUGUGGUGAAAUGUUAGGAAAAUAAGGCAGUGAGGGAUAAAUGUAAGAGUUAGAGUGAAGCAGCCGAAGCUGGAGAGGGUCUAGAAGGUUCUGCUGGAGUCUGGAGAGGUCCGUUACUCAUGUAGCCUCAUCACACGAGCCUUACCGAACAUCAUAUCAAUCCGCGGGAAGGAGUCCGGUCUGGUUACCUUACAGUUAUUUUCUAACAAUCAUUAACUUUAGAGACUUUACUAAACUCUUAACUCAUUAACUUUAGAGACUUUACUAAACUCUGAACUCAUUAACUUUAGAGACUUUACUAAACUCAGAAUCAUUAACUUUAGAGACUUUACUAAACUUUUAACUCAUUAACUUUAGAGACUUUACUAAACUCUGAACUCAGACUCACAGAGCUACAAACGGAUCAUUUUCUCCUCAUAAACACAGUUAAAGGUGAUGUAGGCAGGAAGCUGUUAGAGAAGCUGUUCAUGUGGAUGCAGGAAAAAUAGUUUUUUUAGGGUCUUUAUUUUGUUUAAUUUGAUAUUUAUUCAUGUUUGUCCUCCUCAGGUUCUUCUGAAUCUGCUCUAACUGCAGAAAUGUAAAUAAGUCACAUUUUUUAUUUUUCUGUAAUUUGAUAUUUUCUGUAGAAGUGACUUCAGUAGUUCUCGGUUCAUGUGCUCUGAAAUACACUUUACUUGAUAAAAUGUGUGUAUUUAUGUUAAAGAUUAGAGUUUUAAAGAAAUAAAUUAGUUUGGUUUGAAUUUAUUAAAGUGGGUCGUGACUGAAGGAUCAUGGGAAAAUGUGGGUCCCAGUGUAGAACCACUGCUAUAGAUUUCUGAACAUGUCUGAUUAUUCUGUCAGUACUCAGACCCCAGUCAGUGAGUGUUUGGAUGUGACCUGUUGUCUAUGUUCUGCAGCCCUCUCCAUCCUUCUUCAUGUGUGUCUAAAACUCUUCCUCCUCUUUUUAAUGUUUAUUUACGUUAACAGAAAAUGGAUGUUUUAGUGGAGGACGAUGAGGACAGAGCAGACUCUGACGUAUCGAGCUGUCUGUCUCUGAGGAGCGACCGGUCCAGAGAGAUACCUCCACUCUUCAGUAACGAACCAGAACACCCAGGAACGAGGUAACAGACGGUUUCAGUGCGACUAAACCGAGAGAUGAUGAUGAUGAUGAUGAUGAAUGUGAUCUGGUUAUCCUCUUCUUAGUUCCAGUGAGAGCGGUUAUUAAUCUGUCCGAACAAUCUGAGAGGACUAAGACAACUCGCUGAGUCUCUGAAUUAUUGACAGUGGCUGUAAAACUGAAUAAAAUCACAGAAUCAUGUGAAAUGAAAAGAAUAAAACUAUGUUUGCAGAGUCCGGCCUGAAGAGGAGAGAGCAGACUCUGACGUAUUCAGCUGUCUGUCUCUGAAGAGUGACCGCUCCAUAGAACUUCCUCCUGUCUUCAGUAAUGAACCGAAACACCCAGGAAGGAGGUAACUCCAACAAAUCAUCAGUUCAUCGUCCUUUAAUAACAGGCUGGAGCUGUCAGUCACCUGUUAAAGUCAUUUAACUGAUCAGACAGUUAAACCUCUGAAUGAUCAGCAGAGAAGUAAACUGGAUUUAUUGGAUAUGAAUAAAAACGUGUCGUGUGUCGUAGAGUCCGGCCUGAAGAGGAGAGAGCAGACUCUGGAGUAUCGAGCUGUCUGUCUCUGAGGAGCGACCGGUCCAGAGAGAUACCUCCACUCUUCAGUAACGAACCAGAACACCCAGGAACGAGGUAACAGACGGUUUCUGCUGUAAACUGACAGAUGAAGACGCAGUGACUGAAGAUCCAUGAGACACAAAGCUAAAUGCUUUCUGUAAAAAGAUGUUUAUGGAUUAAACAACAUUAUUUAAAGUUUAAAAUAAAGUCUUUAUCCUCCUCUUAGUACGAGGUGGAGCCGUCAGUCAUCUGGAAAAACCUUCAGAAUCAUUUUACAUCUCUGAAUGAUCAACGUGAACUUUUUAUCAAUGAUUCAUGAGAGUUCAGUAAAUUCAAAGUUGUGUUUGCAGAGGACCGAGAGCAGACUCUGGAGUAUCCAGCUGUCUGUCUCUGAGGAGUGACCGGUCCAGAGAGAUACCUCCACUCUUCAGUAACGACCCACAACACCCAGGAAGGAGGUAACAGACGGUUUCAGCUGUAGACUGAGCUGACAGAUGAGGAUGAAUGAAGUUAACUGAAUGAAACUGAUAGUUUUAGAUGUUUCUUGUGUGUUCGCCUGAUUAUUCUCCCUGCCUGUGCAUGAAUUGUCUUUUUCUCUCUUCUGUUGUAUGAUGGCAGGUCCACCCCGCAGUAAUGUGACGUAGAGAGCAUGGUGACUGAGUUUGACUCCCAAGUGUUUAUUUUGUCCUCACUGUUUGAUAAAUUUAUGAGUUUUAAUCUUUUUUUUAAUGACCAAAGUUAAGACCAACUUGGUUCAUCUCCAGAGUGGAGAGAGACUGAAACCCCACAAAGAUAACUGUCUGGACUUGAACCCGUGACUCUACAGUUUAAAGAUAAGAAAGUGACCCUGAACCCCAACAGUGAGUGAUAACAUGUGAAGAACAUCAACAGGAAGAGCUGACAAACUGCAGACAGACCUUUGACCUCUGACCCUGUGAUGGUCAGAUGUUGAUCUUUUCAACACGAUUCAGUGAAUCAUUGUAGUGAUGAAGAAAUGUCUUCACAGGGAGAGGAGGAGGAGUCCUGGUUUUGAGGAGGAGCAGCCGUCCUGCGGUGCUGCGUGUCAGGACGUCCUGAAGGAUCCAGACUCUACCAGUCAGACCAGACCUUUACCAAGUAAGACCAUCCAACAGUCUGCGGACAUCUCCACGUCUUCACGACUCCCUCAGGAGUUCUGUUGACAGGCAGGAUUGGAGGUCGCAGGUGUUAAUCAUGAGUUCAGAAAUCAGAACACAACAAAUAUUGAUUCUUUAAAGGGAUAUUCUGGAGUAAAAUUAAUUUAGGUUGUCGACCGCUUGCUUCUCUAGUUAUACCAACUUUAGUAACGACCGCAGGAUAGCAAUACAGAGAGACACGCCCCCAACCAAAACGCCACUCUAUAGCCACAAAUAAUGCUCAGAACAGCACCUAACUUCAUCAACAGGACAUAUAGGGUCACAGACAUAGUACUAGACACCAAACAUCUUUUUAACUUUGACUCAUUUCUUUAGCAAAGAGACUAAACACAACUCACCUACUCUCUUCCAGCAGCCGCUUGUUUGUAGAGAGACCUCAGGCCAGUCCAUUACAGACUACAGCGGGGUGACGCAGCUCAAGGAAGAACAUUUAAGUCAAUGUCAGCUUUAUUUAUAUAUCACAUUUAAAAACAGUCAGUGGUCUACCAAAGUGCUUUACAGUAAGAUGCGGUGCACAGAGACUCGUCCAUGUGGUGAAGAUUGGAGUGCAGACCAGAUGAUGCCGUCAGUUAAAUAAAGUGGAGCACGGUUCCAGCGGAGGUGAACAUUGUCUUCCUGCUAAAGUAGAUGUUGUAUGUUUGGCACCUGCUGUGUGUCUGCCCACGGCGAGGACGGCAGUUCAGAACAAGGGGUUAGCUCGAUGGGUGAAAGACCUCCUAGCGUCUGAUGGGAGCCGUCUGCGGCGAGUUGACUUGGUUGAGGAGAGAAGAGCUCUGUGCCCAACGCUUACUGCUGGUUGAGGAGAAGAUCCUGAGCCAUGAGGGCACAAGCUGCAGAUGGAGGAGACACAGCAGUUGCAGGAUCCUCCUCCAGUACAACCAAAGCCUUAUUGUGAAGGGUUAGCCAUGGUUGUUGGGAGCCAGCCUUUUGGCGGGGUCAGGCAUCCCACUGCGGGACACUGCUGUGGACUGGGAAGGCUGAGGCUGCUUUCUGGUUGACUGGAGUUGUGGACCAAGAGCUUUGCUAAAGUAAUUGAAUCCAAUAAUCAGCAGUGUGAUGUUCUCUUGUCUGUCGUUGUUAAAGGUGGUCUACAGGAGGUCUUACAUCAACAUAAGGACAGUCUGAGGAGGAGAUGUGAACGUGUGAGGGAAGGAACGGAUGAAAGAGGAGGUGAGACCCUCCUCAGCAGGAUCUUCACUGAGCUCUACAUCACUGAGGGACUGAGUGAGGAGGUGAACACCCAACAUGAGGUGAGACAGCUGGAGACCGCUUCAAAGAGGAAGACCCUCCAUGACGAACCCAUCAAGUGCCAUGAGAUCUUUAGAGUCUUACCAGGUCGACAGGAAGUCGUCAGAUUGGUUCUGACCAACGGCGUGGCUGGUGUUGGAAAAACCUUCUCAGUGCAGAAGUUCACUCUGGACUGGGCAGAGGGUUUGGAGAACCAAGACCUCCAUCUGGUGGUCCUGCUUUCAUUCAGGGAGCUGAACCUGAUCAGAGAUGAGCGCUUCAGUCUUCUGGGUCUGCUCCAUGUUUUCCAUCCAACACUAGAGAAGGUCACAGCAGAGACGCUGGCUGUCUGUAAACUUCUGUUCAUCUUUGACGGUCUGGAUGAAAGCAGACUGUCUCUGGAUUUCACAGACUCUGAGGUCCUGUCUGACGUCACACAGAAGUCUUCACUGAACGUUCUGUUAACAAACCUCAUCAAGGGGAACCUGCUCCCCUCAGCUCUCAUCUGGAUAACUUCUCGACCUGCAGCAGCCAAUCAGAUCCCUCCUUCAUGUGUGGACAGGAUAACAGAAGUACGAGGCUUCACUGACGACCAGAAGGACGAGUACUUCAGGAAGAGGUCCAGAGAUGAAGAUCUGUCCAGAAGAAUCAUCUCACACAUCAAGUCCUCCAGGAGCCUCCACAUCAUGUGUCAGAUCCCGGUCUUCUGCUGGAUCACUGCUACAGUUCUGGAGGACAUGAUGAGCAGAGAGCAGAGAGGAGAGCUGCCCAAGACCCUGACUGACAUGUACUCACACUUCCUGCUGGUCCAGACUAAGAGGAAGAAGCAGAAGUAUGAAAGAGGACAUGAGACAAGUCCUCAGGAGCUGACUGAGGCUGACAGUGACGUCCUCCUGAAUCUGGGGAGGCUGGCCUUUGAACAUCUGGAGAAAGGAGACAUCAUGUUCUACCAAGAAGACCUGGAGCGGUGUGGUCUGGAUGUCUCAGAGGCCUCGGUGUACUCAGGAGUUUGUACAGAGAUCUUCAGAAGAGAGAGUGUGAUCUUCCAGAAAACUGUUUACUGUUUCGUUCAUCUGAGCGUUCAGGAGUUUCUGGCUGCAGUCUACAUGCUCCACUGUUACACCAACAGUAAAACAGAAGUUCUGGAGGCCUUCUUAAAUCAGGGAGACCGCAGAUACUUCAGGCCAAACCAAUCACUGGAAAACUUCCUGAGAAUCGUCAUGAAUAAAUCUCUUCGUAGUCAGAACGGUCACCUGGACCUGUGUGUUCGCUUCCUCCACGGACUCUCUCUGAAGUCCAACCAGAGAGACCUCUUAGGAGGUCUGCUGGGCCCGACAGACAACAGUCCAAAAAUCAUCCAGAAAGUCAUCAUCAACCUGAAGAAGAUGAACAAUCACAAGAUCUCUCCUGACAGAAGCAUCAACAUCUUCCACUGCCUGACAGAGAUGAACGAUCACUCGGCCAAUCAGGAGAUCCAAGACUUCCUGAAGACAGAGAGCAGAUCACAGAAGAUCCUCUCGGACUUCCACUGCUCUGGUCUGGCCUACAUGCUGCAGAUGUCAGAGGAAGUCGUGGAUGAGUUGGACCUUAAGAAGUACAAAGCAUCAGAUCAGGGCCGGCUGAGACUGAUUCCAGCCAUGUGGAACUGCAAAAAGGCUCGGUAAGCUCAGAUGUGGCUUAAUCUCACAGAUCAGGAACAUGAAGAGUUCAGUCCUUCAAACACAAACUCCUGAGAUUUUAUCACUCCUCUUUAAUCAGUCUCAGGUUUAGUUUUCAGAAAUAUUGAUCUGUUUUAUGUUGUCUUUAAACAGUUUUGGAUAUCACAUAUCCUCUGAUAACAUAUUUUGUCAUGUCGUGUCGUGACAGACUUUAUAACUGUGAGCUGUCAGAUACUGACUGUGAAGCUCUAGCCUCAGCUCUGACAUCCAACCCCUCCCAUCUAAGAGAGUUGAGCCUGACCCUCAACACCCUGAAGGAUUCCGCAGUGAAGCUGCUGUCUGCUGGACUGGAGAGUCCACAAUGCCGACUGGAAAGUCUGAGGUCAGUUUACUGGGUGUGUUAAGAUUGACAGCGGUGCUGAGGUACCGAGAACCUUCUGUAUGUAAGGAGGAAACAAGAGCUUUAGUUUGAAGUGAUAGUUUUUGGCAUUUUUGACUUUAUUGAAGAGAGACAGGAAACAGAGUGGAGAGAGUGGGGGUUAGACAUGCAGCGGAGGGUCGAGGGUUCCUCCAACUGGAACGUACAUCUUUGGUUCAGUCUAAAGAAAAAGAAAAAAACCCGACACGUGAUAAUAUUUGAUUCUUUUUCAAGGUGCUGCAACAGUCUUAGGGUUGCUUAAAAGUUAGAGGUCACUUUAGAAGGGGGGGAAAUCAGGCUUAAGUUGACAAACAGCAUCUCUAUCUGCUGGAAUAGAGAAGGGGGCAGAGGAUUUUUGAGUAGGCACGUUUUUGAUGUCAGAAUCAUUUCUCCCUCUUUUGCUUUAUUGGCAGAUUGUGGCGCUGCAGUUUGUCAGAGACCAGCUGUGCUUUUCUGGCCUCGGCUCUGCAGUCCAACCCCUCCAACCUGAGAGAACUGGACCUGAGUGAAAACGAGGUGGGGGAUUCAGGAGCGAAGCUGCUGUGUGCUUUUCUAAAGAGUCCAGACUGUCGACUGCAGACCCUGAGGUCAGAAACCAUUUUGACUUCAGUGCUGAGAUGAUUCUGAUGUGAAAGUUAGUGCUGACACUAAAGUGCAGACAGGACAGGAGUGUCUUACUGCUGAAGUCUGUUUUCUUCUUCUCUGGUUUAGUCCUUGACUGUGGCAGACCUACGCUGAGUCAUAGAUUUAAAACUUAUAUAUAUUUUUUCCUCUGUAUUCAGAUUGAGUUCCUGCAGAUUGUCAGAGACCAGCUGUGCUUCUCUGGCUUUGGCCCUGAAGUCCAACCCCUCCCACCUGACAGAUCUGAAGCUGAACAACAACCAGCUGCAGGAUUCAGGAGUGGAGCUGCUGUGUGUUUUUCUGGAGAGUCCAGACUGUAGACUUGAGUCUGUGGGGUCAGAAACCACCUUUCUCUCCUGUAUUAGGACUGAUUUAAUGUGUAUAAAUAAAUAUUUCCGGAUGGUUUGUAUUUUAUGAGAAUUUGUUUUUUAAAUGUUUGUAUUUUUCAGUUUUAAUUUUCAUCCUGGUGUUUUUAGUUUCUGAUUAUCUACAUUUUUCUUCAGCUGUUUCCGGGUUGAAGAGUUCACACAGAAGCCCUGUUUCCCUCUAUAUUCAGAUUGAGUGGCUGCAGUUUGUCAGAGACCAGCUGUAGUUCUCUGGCUUUGGCCCUGAAGUCCAACCCCUCCCACCUGACAGAUCUGGACCUGAGAGGGAACAACUUGAAGGAUGAAGAUGUGAAGCUGCUGUCUGAUCUUGAAGAGAGUCCAGACUGUCGACUGCAGACUCUGAGGUCAGUAGAGGGUCGGAGUCAGUCCAUGUUGGUUUCAGCAGUGAGACUAAACACAGCUGAUGAGGAGACUCUCUGUGAACUCUGAUUUAUGACUUCAGCUCUCUGUCUUCUUCUCUCAUCAGCUGGAGGUGAUAAUGAUCGGAGUCAGAGUCUGAGGGAUCAGAAAGGUGGAUGUGCUGACCCAGGAUCAGCCGUGUCCUGAUGACCCGGAGAGCCCGAGUCGUCUUGAGUGUGGAGGUUCUGACCCGGUCGUGUUACUGAGUGGAGAGGAGAGUCGUGACUGACGGAGGAAUCACACCGAGUGGAGCUGUCAUUGUUCAACUUCACUCGUGUGAAGUUACACAAACAGCCGCCGCGGCAAAGUGAACAAAAACAACACUGGAGGGAGGAGUGAAAUACAGUAUUUUAAAGACGGUCUUUAUUUUAUAUUUGGUUUAAAAAAGAAAGUUUAUGAUUCGUCUGUCGAGACUUUUUUUAAUGUAUUUUUGACUUUCCUGUUACACGUCCAAUAAAAUCAAUGUUGGAGAGAAAAUG